AUGUCUUUAAAGUUAAAGAAUAAGAAAGUUGGUUCCAAUAUGGGCAAGGUCCUUAAGAAACUAACCGAUCUUGCUGAAAACAUUACCCAAGUAGCAAACCAAGGGAAGGGUUCAGGAAAGGGGGAUACUUUUGGUGAAGUAUUCAAGGGAGUAGCUGCAGCCAAACCGCCCUUUUUCUUAGGAAAAGAGGACCCAUCUAGCCUUGAAAACUGGAUCCGAGAAUUUGAUAAGUUGUUUGAUGCAAUCAACUGUCCAGACAAUAUGAAGGUUAAUAAUGUUGUAUACUACUUAAAAGAAGAAGCUGACUUAUGGUGGACCCAAAAGAAAGAAGAAUUGAUGGUAGACCCUAAUUUUGGCUGGGAGGAUUUCAAGGUAGCUUUGAGGAAAAAGUUUUAUCCUGACCAUUUGAGGAAACAGAAAUGUUUGGAGUUCACUAACUUAAGGAUGGGAACUAUGACUGUGAGUGAGUACUAUUCUAAGUUCUUAGAGUUGAUGAGGUUUGCACCAGAAGUAGUACCAACAGAGGCUAUCAAAGCACAAAGGUUCGAGCAGGGGUUAACUUGGAAUCUGCAAGGAAAACUGGGUGGGACAACCUUUGAGAGUCUAGAUGAGGUGUAUGGCCGAGCCGCCCAUUUGUAUGGAAUCAAGGGAAGAGAGCUAGGGAGCAUGUCAGGGGAGAAAAUAAAGUCCAAUGAUCAACCCCAAGGGAGCGAUAAGAGGCCCAAGAACCAUGCAAGUUUUGGGAAUGGGAACCAUGGGGAUAAGAGGGACUUUAAGGGAAAUUUUUGGAGAAUUUCAAACCAUGGUGGUGAGAAUAGAGAGAACAAGGAGAGAAACAAGAGAAGUUACUUCUGUAAGAGAUGUGAGAAGGACCACCCGGGGAAGGACUGUGCAGGCAAUAAAGUGACAUGCUGA